UCAAAUAUUUGAGGGUUAUGUUUCGGUUAGGAGUGUGUGAACUUUAUUUGAAAAAACGUACUAAUAUUUAUUACUCUAUUAGUACUUUUUCAUUCAACAGAAAUAAUGGAAGAUAAAUUGAAAAGAGUCCUUACAAGGAUUGUAGAUAAAACUUACUCCUUCUCUGAUGAUAGCAUUUUGGCACAGCUUCAAAAGCAUCUGGCGGACCACGUUCAUUCUGAGGAAUUCUCACAUUGGAAAGAUGGCAUCCUUCUUCCUUGGUGUUUGAAGGUGAUAUUGCAAUGGGAAUCUAUGGAGAAGAACAUACAACUAUUUAUCAUUCAAGUUGUAAAAGUGUUGACGAAUAAUCAAAAAGACAUUAGUAAAGUUUUGAACUCCGAAUUAUUGGAUAGGAUCAAUGAUUUGGUGAAAACAGAGCAAAAUGACCUUUCUCUUAUGUUAUGUUAUACUGAACUCAUGACAAAUGUUGUCAAACAUAUUGAUGGAGUUUAUUGGUUCAUGGAUUCAGAUUCCUUCAAGCUAAUAAUAUCGGAAAAACGUUUGAAUAAGAGUCUAUACUUCAGUGCUCAAGAAAAACAAUUACUCGUGAUUGCCAUAACUGUGCUGCAUAGGAAUGACAGUGAAAAGUGUUUUCAACUAAUGGAUCGGAUAAUGGAACCAUUAGGUCUACAGAGAUCCAAAUCGAGUACUCCUGGAAUGGCAGAGUUAUUCAAGGAAGCCGAAAAAUAUUUCUUAACGAAAAAUCGAACAAAUCCUUUCAGUGUAGCUCAAGGAAGAGCUAAAAUAAAGAGCGUAUCGACUCUAAGUCUGUUGAGCUCUCUAGUAGAUACGGAAUCUUCUGAACUUGAUUUAUGCAAAUUACUUGCUGAAUAUAAUUUUGAAGCAUGGAUAUGGAGAAUGGCAUUCAGUAAUGCUACAAGUCACGAUAAUAUCAGCAGUUUCGUUUCUCUAAUAAUACGCUUUAGAUUUUCUGAUCUGUCAAACUUAUCUUUGGAAAAAGUGGAUGAGAUCCUGUUAACGAUCAGCUAUCUUCACCGCCUAGUCUUUUUGAAUGAGAGACAUGGUCUUGCAUUUGAGAUAAUGUUGCAAUGUAUGCAGCUGAGCAAUAGCAGAAAAUGGCAGGACUCUUCCAUGGAAUCCCAGUUGAAUUCAAACAUAUUCCACUUUCUUUUAAUACCAUUACAACCGUUUUUAAAUAGAUACAUGCAAAAAUAUUCAAUGUCCAUUACUUUGAGUACACGAACUGUGAUAUCGGAAUAUCCAGAGAUUUUUUCGAAGCUUCAUAAAGAGGAAAAGGUUGAGGUAAUACGUUCAACCUGCAAGAUCAUCAGCAGAAUGCACAAACACAUUGAUCAGGAGAAAAUAUAUAUUCUUGUCGGAAUAUUCACCGCUAUAUUGGAAACAUUCCAGAAAAUGCUCUGCAAUGAUCCAGAAAAUGAAUCAAUGGCUGUUGAUUGUCAAGGUUCUUGUGUAAUAUACCUGUUUGGUAUCUUACCAGAAUAUCCCAACUUUCUCAUGGAUAUUUGUAGCUUACUGGAGGUUAUACUCAAAGCACAAGUAACAGACAACUGGCGUACUUUGACCGAAACGGAAAUUGUCUUCUACUCACUCACUCUGGUUGAUUUUCAAGAAUUGGACGUGUAUGUCAAAGUAAGAAUCCUAUCUCUUGUUGCAAGCAUUUUGGAUCUGUUAGAACCCACCGAUGAUCCAGCCAGAAAUGACGAGUUUGUGGAGAAAAUGUUCAUUACUUCAAAAGAUACUCUGCUGAAGAAUUUGUGCCACCCAAAAUGGGAAAUCAGAGACAGUGUCAUUGAAGUUAUAAAGAGUAUGGCUGUCCAAGGCCAGAAGAGGCUUCCAAAAUUUGUAGACUUUAUUGUGGAAUUGAAUGUACCUACAAUCGUCUGUGAUAUUGCCUUUAGUGAUGAUGAAGUUUACGCUCAAAAAUCAGCAUUGCAGUGCCUCCAGAAAAUGGUUCAAUCACAACGAAUUUGGAAUGAUUGUUUAUUGAGUUCAAAUUUAUUGGAAAAAAUAAUGGAUCUCCUAAAUGUUGACCACUUUGAUAAUGAAAGCACCGCCCUGGUUCGCAAAGAACAGAUAUCAUUGAUCACAGAAAUUUAUGAAAUUGGUGGAAUAAGUGAUUCCCAAAUGAACAACGUUCACAAACAGUUAGUUUAUUCUGCCAUUGAUGAUCUGUACUGGGAAGUAAAAGUGAGUGCUCUGCGAUUUUGGAAGGCAGUUAUGCAAACUGUUUGCGAAGAUAAUAAUUUAGUGGAUGGACUAUUUCCAUCGGAUUCAAAUACAGCUGGACAGAGUAAAUGCAAUCGUCCAGGAAAUUCCAAGUCGAAAUUGAUGUUGAAGAAUAUUUUGGACCGAUUAUAUGAAAUCGGCUGCCUCCAGGUAUUAUGGGAAACGCUAAAUGAUGCCUGUGACUUGGAAGUUUCCAGAGUGUCAGCGUCCAUUUUAACUAAUUUGGUCGAACUUCUGAAGCGUUACAACUACCUUGAGGAACCUUAUCAAGGAAAAUCAACUUAUGAUGGGCAAGGUUUAGUGGCUGCUACACAAAAUGGCAGCUGCAAUGAACAACAAAUUCUAGUUCAAGACACAGAACCCGGAUCUGAGACUAAAAUACAUGAUGAUGUCAUAAAUUACAUUGUUGAUAACAGAGACAGUAUUCUUCUAUCAAGACUAUCGCGGCAAGAUGGGGACUGCCCCGAUAAUAAUCCGAGAGAAACAGCAAAACGCUUUAAUGAGAGCCGAACAAAGUACCUCACAGUAGACGAAUUCUUGUCAAAAUUAUGCAUAAUGAAUCUCGAAGAGUUCAUACAAGGAAAGGAUGAUUGGAUGGAGUCUACUGAUGGUUUCAAUGCGCUUAUGGACACUAUACUAGGUGUCGAUUCUAACAGGGAUCAAUUAAUUAAUGCUAUUGAUUGUUAUUAAGUUGAAUGUAUUUGUAUCCUUAUUGAAUUGCUGUCAGAAGCAAUAAAGAAACCAAGGAGUUAUGCCUUGCUACCGGGCGUGCCUUAGAUCUGCGAGAUUUCAAUAUUGGUCAAGUGUGAACAUUACCUAAAAGGUUUAGAUCAAUUAGGUUUUAAAGGUAAAAAGAAAGGCUUGGGCUUUUAAAUGGCAGUAUGUUGAUCUUAUUUGGAAUGUUUUGAUAAUUAUUUCAGAUAAUAGACACAAAUAACGAAAAGUUGAAAUAAUCACACUUUUGAGAUAUAGCACAUAUAGCGCAGAAUGACAUUCUUGCUGCCCAUAAAAACUUGAGUUGCUUCGUCUAUUGUCAAGUUCAGUCGAGGACUAAAAUAAUAUUCUAUUGGGAGAUUCUCGUUAUAAAGUAAGCACCUGAUUAAUAUUGGUUUGUUAUCCUUUAUCAUUAGACAAAGAAGAUGGCUUUAUCAUUUCUAGUCCCGCACAAUUGCCAAAUUGUUUGUAGGCUAUUAAGAAAUACACCGUAAUGAACUAGGUACCAGAACAUUUAAACUCUAUUAUGAUUUUAUUAAAAUCACAGUCUGGUUUUAUACACUUACUUGCAACCAAGUCUUAUUAUUGUACGUGGAAGUCAAAUAGAUGAUGAAUAAAUUAACGCUCCUCAUUCAAUUGAUGCUGAAAGUUUACAGUGAAUCUAACUGUAGUCAUGAUUAUCAGACAACCGCCCAAGUCAACUGCUUUGAUUGAAAUUUCUAGUACAUAAUAAGAAUGAACAUCAUAAACAUUUCAAAUUCUUUAUUUAACAUUUUUUGAACAUAGAAAAUCAAUAUAAUUAACAAUGUGAACAUGUUGAUAAGAGUAAAAAUAAGUUAGUUGAUUCAGUAGUCAUUAAAAUUAAAAAUAAACUAAUUCUGAUUUAAUCUCAUUUCUCAACAAAAUCAUCUUUGGUUUAGUCUAUGUAAUAUAUUUUUUGUCUUGUUUUGAAGAGGUUUGUAAUAUUCUUUGAUGUAUGUUCUAGGAGAAUGAAUGGAAAUUACUGACAAAAAAAAGAUUUUCAAAAAAAACUUGAAAAUAGAUAUUAAUGUCAAUUAUAACUUUUUAAACAUUCUAAUACUUGUUUAUUCAUAGAGCUCUGUUUAAUAAUUCUGAACGCAACUAGCUAGCUGCUUGAAUAUUCAGUAUUUAUAAAUAAUGUAAGCAUUUCAUGAACACUCAUUGCAUCGUGAUGAUAAUAAAGUGAAAAUGCAUAAUAAUUAUUAUAUAUAUUAUAUUAAUGUGAUAAAAGAAAUCACGAAGAGAUUGCAAAUAAAAUUAGCAUUUCAAACUGAAAUAAGUUCCAACACCACACUUUUCUUGAAAAUAUAAAUUAUACAGGGUGUUUACGAACUCCCUACCAAUACUCUAGGGGUCUAGGGCAUUGUUCCUGGAUAAGAAACAUAUCUAAAAUAUCAUAUUUAAAUUGACUGGAAGUCUUCAGUUACUCACAUAGCGACCAUUUUGCUUUGUAACUUUUUUUUCUAAAUAAUGGUUAAACAUACGAAAUUGAAACUGUGCACAAUCAUUUAUAACAACUAAACAAAGCUACAAAAAAUUAUGAUAAUAUUUUAAACUCAUAAAACAAAAUGACGGCCAUUUAAAAUUUUGUUUCUUGAAUAAUUCAGAAACCGUUGGUUUUACAAAAAAAUACAAGUAUAACUUUUUUUAGUAAAUUUAAUCACCUAUUGAUUGGUACCUGAUGUUUUAAGAUUGGACCAAUAUUAACUGAGAUAUGGCAGCUCUAGUGAUAGGACACCCCUGGGUAUUACUUAAUUAUUGUUUGAAAAAUGAUCCAAAAUAGCUUAAAAAUGACAUGCAAAACAGACGGAGACUGUUGCAUUGUUGUGGCAGACUUUAGCCGCAUGCACUGCAACUAACGCCCAGUGGUGUCCUAUCACUAAAGCUGCCAUAUCUCAGUUAAUUUGGUCCAAUCUUAGAACAUCAGGUGCCAAUCAAUAGGUAAUUAAAUUUACUAAAAACUUAUUCUUGUAAUUUUUUUGUGUAAAUUUGGGUAUUAGUAAUUCUAUGAAAUUAAAUUUGAAGAAGCUCAGUGCUUAAAACUUUUGGAAUCACUUUAAAAGAGGUUGGCCAGUAUUUUUUUCAAAGGCACUUGAACUGUGUGUGACCUUAUCAAACCUACCUCUUGUACCCUAGAACAAGAGUUGUACUAGUUUUUAUGAGUUGUAUGUAUUUUACAGAGUCCUUAUGAAAAUUGAACUAAAACUGAUAUGAUUCCUAUUGCUAGGUAUUAUUCAAUAAAUCAACCAAUAAUACUAUAAAUGAUACCAUAUAAUGUAAUACUAUAUAUAAUAAUACCAAUAAUAAUAUAAAA